AUGGUAACCGUUUCGCUUCUGCAUAAUCUAAACCUCAUCAACCCUUUCUCCCACCAAAACCCUAUUUUCUCCCACCAAAACCCUAUUUCUUCACUCUCUUUCAAACCUUCAAUUCUCCGCUGUUCAAAUUCCGCUAAUGUUCCCGCUCCUUCUCCGUAUCCUCCCAUUCGCACCAGUCACCGCACAAAAAUCGAAGCGCAACUUGCCCUACGCGAUUACCUUUACUACACUCGAUCUUACACUUUCAUCGACGCAGAUUUCAUCGCAAAAAACUCUCCACAUUUCAUCCGUGAACUUAUCACCGGAGUCACAUUCAACAACAGUGACGAUGAUUUUUCUCGGGAUCUCGAAAGGUACCUUAUGUAUAACCCUAUUAAUGAAUUUGAACCGUUUUUAGAGAGUAUAGGGAUUAAACACCGUGAAUUGAAGUUAUUUUUGCCUGAAGACUUGAUUUUUCUGAGUGAUGAUAGUGUUUUGGUUGAUAAUUUUCAUGUUUUGUUUAACCUCGGGGUUCCGAGGAAUAGAAUGGGGAAAAUUUAUAAAGAAGCAAGAGAGGUUUUUGGGUAUGAGAGUGGAGUUUUGUUGAAGAAAUUUGAAAAGUAUGAGAAUUUGGGUUUGAGUAAAUCAUCUCUUGUCAAGCUGUUUGUUUGUUGUCCGUUGCUUUUACUCGGCGACGACGUUGAUCCUCAAUUUGUUGUUGUUCUCGAUUGGUUGAAAAGAAGUGGGAUUGAAAGCGAAUGGUUUGUGAGUUGUAUGUGUCCUUCAAGAACAUAUAUAUGGAAAACGAUUAUUGAUACUAUAGAGUUUUUUCAUCAAGGGGGAUUUUCUGAGAAAGAAAUGUAUGAUUUGUUUAAGGCGAAUCCUAUAUUGUUGGAGGGUUUAGGAAAGAAGACAUAUUCGGUUAUAGGUCGGUUGAUUAAGUCGGGUCUUGACGUGAAUGAGGUUUGUUCUUGUUUCAAAGAGCAUCCUGAUGUAUUGUCAUUUCCGCGUAUGGAAAAUUUGUCGACUGUGAUUUCUUUUAUGUAUCAUAUUCGAAUGGAUGAAGAUGCUAUUGCUCAUGUUUUGUAUAACUACAUGCAUCUCCUUAGCAAACAUUUGAUAAAAGGUCAUAAAGCUAUGUCUAGAGAGUUACGAGUGGGAACGGAUAAUUUAUGUCAAAUGAUACAUGAUGAUCCAUUACAAUUUUUUAGUUUGGCUUUAAAACCGAAACAGAAGAGAGAUGUAAAUGAAUUCUACUAUGACCCGCGGAAGCAUAUGGAGAAAAGAACUUUCUUGCGGAAUCUGGGGUAUACCGAUAACUCCGAGGAGAUGGAAAUAGCUAUGAAGAUGUUUAAAGGGAAUGGUACUAAGUUACUAGAAAGAUUUGAUUGCUUGGUUGAAGCUGGUUUGGAAUAUAACACCGUAGUUGGAAUGGUAAAGCGACUUCCUGGAAUUCUAAACAGUAGUAAAACUGUAAUGCAAAAAAAGAUUGAUUUCUUAAAAAACUCAUUAGGUUACCCAAUAGAAAGUCUUGCGGAAUAUCCAACAUAUUUUUUGCAUGAUUUGGAUAAAAUUUUUGCAAGAUUUGCAAUGUAUGAGUGGUUGAAGAAGAGGAGUGCAAUAAAUUGUGAGUUAUCCUUGAGUACCAUAAUUUCAACUACUGAGAAACGGUUUCUAGAACACUUUGUGAAUGCUCAUCCUGAAGGGCCAGCGGCUUGGGAGACUAUAAAUAGUUUAUCUAACAAAUUUAAGAAUUAA